AUGCCGCCGAAAAGACGAACAUCGAUUUCGAAAGUUCCCCAAUCGAAACUACAAGAGAUUCGCUCACAAGAUAUUAAAAACGAGAAUGUGGAUAAACUCAAGCGUCGUGUCUCGUUCAGUCGAGAAAAAACUGUCCAACAUUAUGACAAGGUUGAUCAACAGAUGAUUCACUCUCCGAAAAUAGAAUUGAUCAGUGAAGUCUCGGGGAGCACCGAAGAAUCAGAAAUGUCGAUCACAAAUUUGUCAGCUGCGAACAGAAAUACCCCGACUCCAGCUUUUGACACAACGUGCGAACUUUUUGGCUCAAAUUUUGGAGCUCUUCCAUCAUCGACCAUACGCCAAGAUGUGGACAUGGAGUUCUCGACAUUAUCUGAACCAGAAGGAGCAGACAAUCGAUUUGAAACAACAACUCGUCUCUUCAGCGGAGGCAUGGGUGUAGACGAAUCGCUUGAUCAGCCGGAAAUGCUUCAAAACUUUUUGGGGAAUCCAUCAACGACGUUUCUCAAUGUGCAAGCAGAUAGAACUAUGUAUAAAAGUGAUAAUGAGAAUCAAGUGGGCUCUUCGUCGUCUCACCAAGUUGCCGAAGAUGGAACUUCCCGAUCUCGUGAGAAAGAACACAGGAGACGCAGAAGAAGUCAAAUUCCCGCUUCGGUUUCGCUGACCAUCCAGCAAGAAUGGUAUUCGGAAGCACAUCAGAAAAUGCUAACCGACACAAAAACUGCUGAAGGACGCGCAAGGCUUGAUAAAUCUGUUCAAGACAUUUUGCUUAAAGCAAAUCAAUCGUUGGUGAAAAUGAAUCAGGAGAAAAUCACCGAAAAACAGCUUCGAAGCCACAUGUACUUCACUUCGAAAAAACGAAAAAAUUCUCUUCAGAAAUCUGACGAUAAUUGUGAGGGUUUGAAUCAAGUCGAAAAAAUCGUUCCUCAUGCGUACAAGGACACCCCCGUUUUUGGAAAGUCCCCCGGUGGAGUCGAUUCCUUGGGCUUACAAGAUGACGGGGAAAUUCAAGUAGAAGAGGAUCGACAAUCGAGCGGACCCUCGACGAAAUGCACAAAGAAAAGUGAUGUUGAUGUGCUUCAUGAGUUUCGACGUCUUCUUUCUCCUUUGUGCGCACGAGUGCAACGCAUCGACGAAAAGUGCGAUUUUAUCAUCAGAGAACUUGAUAAAAUGUACGUCAUGACUUCAAAAGAUGGUAAAGAAAUGUCG